AUGAGCAACUUACCAACAUACCGCCCUGCUUUGCGGAUGUUUGGAAAUUACCCCUCAAGUCCUUAUUCCCAACAAAACACUUCAGAAGUAAAUGUUCCAUUAUCACAACCAUUAUCUCAACCCUUACAACAACCGCUUCAACAAAACUACCCAGUGUAUUACACCCCAAGUCCAAUUCCUUUGUAUCAACAACCAAGUUCACCUCCAUAUGAACAAGUCCAAAAUGUUCAAACACAAAAUCUUCCUCUUCCAAACUACAGCCCUAAUUUGAACCAAAAAAUACAACAAAAAGAAACCCUAGAUGCUAUUAAUGGAAAUUUAUCGAGUGUUAAAAAUUACGAAGAACAACGUAACAUCAUAUUUAAACAAAUCCAAAAUGAAUCCCACGUCAUCUCAUCACGUAAGAAAACAAGUCAAAGUGACUCUCAACGCUGUCAAAUCUGCAACGACUUCUGUUUACUCACUCAUGCAUUCCACUCAAUCAUUCCCGAACCCAGCGACUUCUGGAAAGUCCUUUUUGGGCUGGACCACUUAAAAGGAAAUGAUCAGCGCCUUGAGUCCAUUUUAAGAAUCAAUUGCAUUGUCACCACUUUUGUGAUCUCUGAUGAUAAAACGACUCAAAUCAAAAUAUCAAAUCAAGACGAAAUGGUCAUAUUAGACUUAAUUUGUAAUCCAUACGCAAUCAACGUUAUAAAAUCGGAAAAUGGCAUUGCCGAAAUUGAAAAAUCAAUUAUGACAAAAAAGGUCAUUGGACUCAAGUUGAAUCGAGUCAAAGACAUCGUCAAUCAAUGCGACAAAGCGAAACGCCAAAAAAUUGAAAAAUCAAAAAGUUCUGAAAAAGUUGAAAAAAAUAAAAAUUUGAAAAAAACAGAAAAAAUCGAAAAUUUGGAAAAAAUCGAAAAAAAUGAAAAAGUCGAGAAAAAAGCGAUGGAAGAGGACGAUAAAGAAGAACAAAACGUCGCAAAAGUUGUCGAGCGGAUUUUUUUAAAAAUGCGAAUUUUGAAUUUCAACGAAUUUUUGCUGAAAAUUGGCGACAUAGAAAAAGCCGUUUGCGACGAGUUAAAAAUUGAGAAAUUUGAACUUUUGCAAAAUGGGGACUUCUUGAGCUUCUGUGGGAAGUCCGUUGAUUUUGAUUGUUUGAAAGGAGUUGUUUCACGGAAACUUGACAUUCUUGUCGACUCUGAAAAUAUUCGAAGUUAUGACGAUGUUGAGAAGAUCAUUUCUGAAGAGACAGAAACUCUUGAGAAAGUUGUACAAAUUGUCUGUGAGAUGAAAUAUUUAGUCAAUUUAAAUAGUGUGAAGCAAUUUGAGAAUGUCGACUUUCAAAGAGUCAUCGACGCGCGCGCGCUCGACAAUUUUGACUUUCUCAAAGUCCACAAAAAGCUCUUUAAACUUCCCAAAAUCGACAUUUCUAAUAUAAAUGGACAAAUUCUGUCACAUAUCGACGAUCUUAAUUAUCUCUCCGGCCUUCUUGUUGCUUUGUAUUACAACGCAAGUUUCUUGAGUAAAUGUUCUAUUAGCAAUUUCGCGCAACACCUCCUCGAGACUUUUGAGAAGACCAAGUCGUCUGUUUACGCGUUACAUUCGGUGAUCUCGCGCGCACUUUUUGCGUGUAAAAUACUGAACCAACUUCCUGUUGAGGUCAUCAAUUCUCGAAAUUUCGUUCUCAACUUCCUCGAAGGGCUAAAUGUGUCCGUCGCGGUCCUCGAGAUGCUUUCGCGGAAUAACGUCGCGUUUCUCAAGACGGAGAUUUUAAUGCAAAUGAAGACUUGUUUUGCACCACUUCUCCAAAGCUUCGAUUUAUCGGACGAGAUCAGUGGAGUUGUUGAGAUGAAGACUACCGAUAUAAAUUAUAUAAGGAGCGACAUGUUUGAAGAGUCUGCGUUUGAGUUUACACCACCAAAUGAAAUUGUCAUUGACACGGUAACGCGUGACGGGGAAAUUGUCAAAACUGUCGAUUACACCAAUCCGGAAUUGGUUUCUCUUUUGUGUGAAAAUGCGGAAGAACACGCGCCGAAGUUUUUGAACGUGUUUUUUGAGUUUUUGAUGUUAAAUGAAGACGCUUUUAUAGAGACAUUUCAUAAGAAGGAAAUAGUGUGUGGGAAAAGCCAAAAGUUGAAGGAGUUUUCGACGUUUUAUUUUGAUUUGAAAAACACGAAAUUCGUUCCAACGAAAAGUAACACGUUUGAGGUGCCCGAAAAUGUGUUGAACUCUAAAAUGGGGAAUUUUGUAGAUGUUGAAACAACACGCGCGUGCGUGUCUGAGAAACUGGCGAAAUAUGUUGCUUAUAAGGCGUUUCCGAGUGUUGCUGGUGUUGUAGAGAGAAUGCAGAACACCACGAGUCGAGUAACACAUCAAUAUAUUAACACAUUGUUAGAGAUCCCACAAACACAAUUAAAUGUCUUUAAUGAGUUCAUCUCCCGACCUAUUGUGUUGAUCAAUAAUUCAACGUCUUCGUUAGCGAAAUUGGCAAGGUCCUCUUGUGUCACGGGAAUGUCAGGGAUUUGUGUUACGACUGCAAAUGAGACCACAUGGGUUGUACCAAAAUUUGCGUUUUUGAAGGACGACGCAAAUUUCUUCCCAACAGUGAACGUCCCAAAAAAGAGGAGAACUGCAUUUUUGGGAAUUGGAGUGAAACCGAAGCCAAGUCUGAAGGACUACGUCGACGCAAUUGUUUUUGUUGAUGACCACUGCAAAGGUCUGACUGACGAUUUAGCAAAAGGGGUGUCACACGACGAGAGAAAUGAUAUGUUUAAAAACUUGUUGUCACAAAUUGUUACGAUAUCAGAAACGACCCCCCUGUGUUAUGAAAAUGUGAAAAGUCUCCUGCACAGGAAAAUUAUAACAAACAUGAAAGGGGAGAGUGUUGAAUUUGACGCAAAUGUAUAUUACAAUAACAUCAGUCAUUUACUUAAGUAUAUGCCAGAGGAGGUCGAGAAGUAUGUGUUCACACUGCCUCUUCCUGAUAAAUGUCGUGUGAAUUCGUUCUUAGAAGUCCUUAACAUUAAGUGUGCGAGCACUGUUCUUGUCAUUGACGUGGAAAGUAGUCUGAACUGUUCGGAGAAUUUUACUACAGCACUGAAGAGAGUCCUCAAAAGUGUACUUCCAAAGAUUCAAACGGCGAAAUUAAUAAAAAACUACGAAAUGUUUUUAUAUAAUUUUCAGGUGUUUGUUCAUAAAAAUUUGAAUGUAAAAUUUACUUUUGUGCCGACGAUGACAGUGACGACCGCAGAGGUGUCAGCUAUCGUGCAAGGAGUCUCGUUGCACGUACUUGAAAGGACCGGAAUUUGCUCGUAUAAUGCACUUGCUGCACUUUCGAGACUCUUUUUCAGAGAAGUGGAUGAGUCGUUUGUCUCAGAAAUGUUACAGAAAUUGAGCACGGGAUAUCCUAUUAAGUUUGAAAGUGACACAAUCCAAUUUGAGUCUCGGGACAUUUCAAAACAAACUGGAAAAGAGGCCGAAAAAGAUCCACCAAGUAACACAAAGGCUGAAGGACAAAGUGAGUCGCCUCACCUUGAAAGUGACGGCCAAGUUGUAACUAAAAAGGCGAUUGGAGUGAAUUGGGAAGUUGUUACAAAAGGUCGGGCGCCUGCUCAUGUAAAAGAUGAGGACAUUGAAAUUGAAGUUUCACCAUUUAAAUUUAUCAACGGUGUUUCGACUAUUGUACAAACGGGGUUGGUUGGGGAACAAAUAGUGUACGAGUUUUUGAAGGAGAAGUACGGGAAAAAAGUUGAUUGGAUUAACGAGAAAAGCGAGGGAGUUGAACGAACAGAGAAGGGUCUGCCGUAUGAUAUUGUCAUAUUAAACGAUUUUGGAACCAUCGAAACGUACAUCGAAGUGAAGACGACGAGAAUUAAGGACAAAAAGUUCUUUGAAAUGUCGUAUAGGGAAUUCGACUUUGCGAAGGAAAAAAGAAAGAAUUUCCAGAUCUAUCGACUCGACGGGUUUGGAGGGAAUUUACUCAAUAUUAAAAUCAUCAAGGACCCAUUUGGGAAGUGGAUGAAUGGAGAGAUUAUGAUCAAAGUCUGCUUUCUUUAA